ACUCCACUGACUGUGACUGUGACGCAAAUUACGAUCUAGUUUCAAAUCUACUUUGGCAGAGAGUUUACGUUUUGUGUAAAUUAAUAUCUACGAAAUAUAAAUAAAUGGAAAUCUUUAUUUAAUUUGUGUAAAUAGUGAUUUUUUCGAUUCAUUUAUGUGUGUUUUUCUUUACGCUGUAUAAUCGAAAAGUACGUUUCGAAAUAUAAGUGAUUAACUCUAUGGAAUACAAUAAACCGUGAUGUGACAGCGCGCACAAGAUGGCGGUGGGGGAGGCGCGCGUGCCGCUCCUACACGAUGACAGACACGCGCACCACGCCAAGGGGGACCCGCCCCGCUCCCGCCAGUUGUCCGGCAGCGCGCUGGUCAUCACGUCACUGGUGGCGGGAGCUUCCGCAGGCGCCAUCGCGAAGACGGUGAUUGCACCACUCGACCGAGCUAAGAUUAAUUUUCAAACUUCGGAUAUCCCGUACUCAUGGCGAGCAGCUGUUCGCUUCCUGACUCACAGCGCGCAGACGGAGGGCUGGACGGCGUUAUGGCGAGGGAACAGCGCGACCAUGGCGCGUAUCGUGCCCUACGCCGCGAUACAGUUCACGGCACACGAACAGUGGAAGAAAUUGCUGGGUGUUGACACGCCGCAAACCGCUCAGGAGGCCCCCCUCCGCCUGCUGGUGGCGGGGUCGCUGGCUGGCGUGACGUCACAGAGCGCCACGUACCCGCUGGACUUGGCGCGCGCGCGCAUGGCGGUGGCGGACUAUCGCUCUCUGCGCGCUAUGUUCAAGCGAGUCAUAAAAGACGAGGGGUUCAUCACCCUCUACAGGGGCUACCCGGCAACAGUGAUGGGCGUCAUACCGUACGCCGGCGUCUCGUUUUUCACCUACGAUUCCCUGAGGCAUUGGUACAUUGACUACACGGGCGCCAGCCCGAGCGGCGUGACGAGCGUGGCGUUCGGCGGCGCGGCGGGCGCGCUGGCGCAGAGCGCGUCGUACCCGCUGGACAUCGUGCGGCGCCGCAUGCAGACCGCGCCGCGCCGCGCCGACCGCUCCUACCCGUGCCCCACCGUGCCCGCCACGCUCGCCGCCGUCUACAGGGCCGAAGGCUGGCGAGGUUUCUUCAAAGGGUUAAGCAUGAAUUGGAUUAAAGGCCCCAUAGCCGUUGGCAUAUCCUUCGCUAGUUAUGACACCAUCAAAUCGACGCUCCGAGACAUCGCACUCAGUCUGAACUGACCAUGUGACCAGUAAUCGUCAGUAAUCAUUGAUUACCGUUAUCACCCGUAACGAAAAUGUGAAGCUGAAGCUAUAUACGAGUCUAUUAACGUAAGUACUGUACAUGCAGUUAGUCAAUUAGGAUAUAAUUGUUAAUAUUACACACACAAAGAAUUAUUAAUAAACACGCAAAAAAAAUAUUGACGUAUUAUUAGUAAAAUGAAAUUAGUUUCGUUAAAUAUAAUUCAAGAUUGACUUGACAAUUAUAAGAACGAUUUCACUUUUUUUAACUAUUGAUUGAUCUAGUACACUAAUAAACAUAACAUAUCAAUGAAACAAAUUUAAUAUCACUUACUGCCAAACGUAGCUAGGCUAUUUAAAUCACCUAUGGCUAUUAAGAUAUCCGUAAAGGGUGAUUCCGGUAAUCUAAUAUUACCGCAGUUAGUCAUGGGUAAUAUUUGUAAGGUUAUAUGUAAUUGAUAUGGGUGAACUUUUUAAUGAUUACCUUUUUGACUCAAUUAUCUAUACUUGCUUGAUAUUUUAUAAAAUUAAAUUGAAUGCUAAUCUCAGUAUUUUUGUAAGUAAUUUAAUUUUAUAAGGAUUUCGUGUCUGACGAAAGUACUCCUUACGUGUCUUUGGUCAUCAUUUUAAGUGUAUACGUCAAGUAUUCUCUUUAAAUACCUCAAAACUUUUAUCAAGUGUUUUAUUUUAUAGUUUUAUUGAAAAUUUUAUAUUUUUUUAAAGUAUACUUUGUUAGUGGGCAAGUGCAAUUUAAUUCCCUAUUCCAAUCGAAGUAGGAUAAAAUAUAAACAAACUUUAGAUACACGUAUUUAUUAACUCGGCUACAUUGUGCACUACUGAGAGUUUACGAUUAAUAUAUCUGAACCUAACUACUUAUUUCCACUUUAAUUUUACUUCCAAAACUCCGAUAACAGUUUCGUCGACGUUCAAAACGCCAAUCGCAAAUCCAUAGCGAAUAUCACAGAUCAAUCGAGCUCUCGACCAAUGAUGUCGCGUCAAUUUGCCGUCAAAUGUUGUUUAUUUGGCUUUUCUCCUCUUAUGGUUGGAAUAGAGUAUACGGCAUUAUAUUCUGAUGUUUAGUGAUUACUUAAACAAUGACGCACUCUUCCUUCAUAUGUCAAAUCAAUAGUGUCAGAAAGAGAGAGUAGCGUUUAACUAAACCGGCUAAACUAUUUUUAAAAUAGGCUACAUAUAUGUUUAAAUUGUUUUUUUAUUUUGUAUGGAAAUGUAAAAGUUUAAAGCGAUCUUAAUUUAAAUUAAGACUUUUAAGUGGUCGUAGUAUAAAUGACACGUGGUACAGAUUAAAUAAAUUUAUUACAUUCUUAUGUCAGGUUUAAGGUGUUUUUUUUUUUUAUGUAACGAAAGCUCAAACUUAAAAUGCCAUGUUUUUCUGUCUAAGUUAUCAAUCAGCCCAUUGUUUAAUUAUUGAUGUAUGUGAUUACGAUACAUUAUAUACUUAAAAAAAAGUAUUUUUCUUAAUUGUAUAUAGGUAGGUACAUAGGAACCAUUUCUGAUGUAUUAUCGACUAUUAAUAUUUACUUCUGUAUAUAAAAUGUUAAAUGGCGACUGAUCGUAACAGACGACAAUAAAUAUGAAAUACAUUUUUUAAUUAUUGUAUUCAAUGUUAAAUAUUCAAACAGUUGAUAUUUCUAUUUCUAGAUAAAGACUAAUGAAUAUAGUGACAUGCUUUUUUUUAAUCUGUGGGAGUCAUUUCGUGUAAAGGGACGGAAGUGUGUAACGGGAAGCUUGGAAAACGCGCGCUAUUAUAUUUGAUCGAUGAGCGCGCGGUGACAGAGUUGUCCGUCAGAUGGCACGACCAUAUUCUCAGAUAGGAUUAAAUGUUAUUAGUGACUGUACACGUCAUGUAAAGCUUGUUUCCCGACUUAUUCUUUUAAUAUUUAGUAUUUCUUGAGCAAGAUGAUUAAAAUAUAGUGCCAGCUAUUUAGAGGUUUUACUUGCAAUAUAAGAUUUUUUUAUAGCACAAUUUUUAAAAUACAUUAUUUUGUUAGUGUUUAUUUUACAAGUAGAAAUAAUCGAAUAAAUGUAAUGAAACAUAUGAGUGUAUUCCUGCCUUUAUAAAAUCGUAAUUAGUAAACGUAUAAAAAAAUUGUAAAAACAAUUUGUUAUCUGUAUCCAAAUAUAUAUUAAGAAUAACAUAAAUGAAACAUUUUGUAAAUUAAUAAUUGUUUAUUUUUGUCAUAACUUAAAUUACAUAACGUUGAAUUGUGCAUUGUUAGACAAAUGGUCACACUGUGAUUAUUUUCUUAAAUUAAAUAGAUCAAGAGGAUUCGUCCUUUGUUUAUCAUUAUAACGACUCAGGAGGGAGGCAUAUUUUCGUCAGUGACGCUUCGACUCCCAAAAAGUUCAACUUCUAAAAUAAAAUGGUAGUCCUUAUAUACUAUUAUGUAUUUUAAUACGUAGUAUUAAGAGUAUUAAAGUUGCAAAUGUUAUUUGUAUGAAUAAAAUGUUUUUAUUGUU